AGCCGGAAAAGCGGCGCGGCGUCCCUCCCCCCGUUUUGUUUGCCGCGUCAAGUGGGCGUGCGCGCGCGACCAGGACCGGGAAGAUGCGGACUCAGCUGGCGGGCGUGCUCCUGGGCCUGCUGGGCUUGCUGGGCACGGGCCUGAUCUGCGGGCUGCCCGCCUGGAAGGUGUCGGCCUUCGUGGGCUCCAACAUCGUGACCUCGCAGGUCUUCUGGGAGGGCCUGUGGAUGAACUGCGUCAUCCAGAGCACGGGCCACGCGCAGUGCAAGGCCUACGACUCCGUCCUGGCGCUGCCUCGGGACCUGCAGGCCUCCCGGGCGCUGGUGUGCGCGUCGAUGGCGGUGGGAGCGCUGGCGCUGGCCCUGAGCGUGGUGGGCACCCGUUGCACGUCCUUCCUGCGCCACGACUGGCCGGCCAAGAACCGGGUGGGCCUGUCGGCGGGCGCGGCCUUCGUGGCGGCCGGCCUCCUGUGCGUCAUUCCCGUCAGCCUGUCGGCUCACGCCAUCGUCACGGGCUUCUUCGACCCGCUGCCCUCCGAGGAGCGGCGCGGCGAGCUGGGCGCCUCCAUCUACGUGGGCUGGACCUCGGGGGCGCUGCUCAUCGUCGGCGGCGUGCUGGUGUGCUCCGUCUACCGCUGCUGACGGCGCGCCCGCCCUUCAGUCGCGUCGGCCCGCCUUUCAUCCCAAUCCGUCGGGCUCGCGUGACGAAAGACCAGAAGGAGACCGGCGGCUAAGAGUACGCCAGCGGGCCUUUUGGCACCGCCGCGGGAAUGUGCCUUCCACUCCUCGCCGUGGUUCCCGCCUGCCUCCGCGCGGGCGUGCGCUCUGACACGAGCUGUGGUUUGGCCGAUUUUGGAACUCGGGAGCCGAAGCUCGAGAUCCCAUUGCCGGAUGGAUGCGGGAAGCUCAGGUGGACCCGCCUCCGGACACUCGACGGCGCGCUCGUCUUCAAAUGUACCGGUGUCAUCUUUAUCGAGAUAUUUUGUUGCUCCGUGAGAGCACCCGCGGCAACAUUUCAUUGGCUGUAAAUAAAAGAUGAUGAUUGUCAGCUCUGUCGCAAGUUGACUUGAGAGCCACGUGCGUCUCCGGAGCGCCGUGGCCUGAAAAUGGAAAAAGACGG